UAAGGUUACCUCAUAGCUUCUCUCAGAACCUAAGAACUGAGAACAAGAACCUCUCCUUCCAUCAGGACAAUGUGUCCCCUGAAGUUCCUCAUCCUCCUGCUGCUUCUUCUUCUGCUCUCCAUCACAGUCACACAUCAAGGGCUUCCACCUUCUUCUGCCUCCUGCUGCACCCAAGUAGCCAAACACAUCCCGAGGAACAUGCUGCAGCAAGUGACCAAGGUCCAGCUCCAGAAGAAAGAUGGGAUCUGCAACAUCAAGGCCAUCGUUCUGCAUGUUGACAACCAGUUAAAAUGUAUGGACCCCACAAACCGUCUCCUUCAGAAGUGGGUGAGGAAGCAUCAUCCAAAGCAGGCUUGAGGCGACCCCCAGGAGGGUCUUCAUCUGUAGAUACGUGAUGUGCCGCCGCCGCCGCUGCUCUCUGCGUUUCUCUUCAUGGUGAUGAGCUCUUAGAUGGGGAGUCCAGCCCUGGGACCUACAGCACCCAGGACCACCCGAGGUCACUGCCCCAUCUUCUGCCACGUGAACUUAGAAAUACCCUUUAAGACGCAGAGAGGUCG